CAUUUGUAACCGAAAAAGAUUUUCACGAAUAAUUUCGUAACUGAAAGAAUACUAUUUGAUAAAUGUAUAAAACGGCAUUAAUAUUGGGAAACAGCUAUAGGAGUACAUCAAUAUUACCGCGAAAUAUGUGUAGUAUAAUACAAAAUAAUCCAAUAGAAACCUCAAUAAGAACAAAGUUGACAGAUUUUUUAAAUCCAUCAUAUAUUGAAGUAAUAAAUGAGUCAUACAUGCAUAACGUUCCUAAAGGAUCAGAAACACACUUUAAAGUAAUUGUUGUUUCUGAUAUGUUUAAAGAUAAACCACUUAUUAAGCGCCAUCGAAUGGUAAAUGAAUUAUUGCAAGCAGAAUUAGAAGGUGGUGUACAUGCAUUAUCAAUUUUAGCAAAAACACCUGAUCAAUGGAACGACAAAAAUAAUGUAACUCCAAGUCCAGUUUGUAGAGGUGGUUUUGGAAGAUGAACCUUUGAUGUUCAAAGG